AUGGAAGAUGACUGGCCAGCAGUAGCUGCUUAUUUUAAAGCACUGCUACAGUCACGUUUGCAUAGUCCACCUAUUCGAUGCGGUCUUGCAGGUGUAAAGGGUAAAGCCAUAUUUGCUGGUAAACCACUUCGAGCUGGUGAACCUAUUUGGACGGAAGCACCAUUUGUAGCAAUGCAACAUGAAGAUAAUAAGGAGUUUGUUGAUUGUUGUGACAACUGCUUUGUGCCACUUAUUGACAGUAAAGCGUGCUGGGCACGUGUUGUAACUAGCAAGAGUUCUGAAGUGGAAAGUGAAUCCGUUCCUGCUGAUGAAGCUAUGGCCAGUGAGGCAGAUUUUGAAGCGGCCAUUGCAUUUUUACAGAAAGAAGGCGGUAAGAGUCCUGAAGAGAGCUACUUUUCAGUGUUUCAACUGGCAAAGAGUCUGGUCAAAUGUACUUGUGGCGUUGUCUACUGUUCUAACAACUGCAAGCAGAUUGCGUACGCACAACAUCACGCACUCUUGUGUCCACAUUCGGAAGAACGAGAGAAUGCCAUGGGUCAAUUUCUUAACCAUACACUUGUGACAAAUGAGAUUUUCCAGCUUGCAGCCAAGGUCUUGGCAAAGAUUAUACUGCUCUUUGUGGCAACGCAAGACAUGGCGCAAGCCAGACAACCCGUUGAUAUUUUUUGCAAAUUGCCAUGGUGGGAAGUCAUUACGUCAGAGGAAGAUUUGAAAGACGGAGAAACGCUGGAAGAAUACAGGGACAAAUUUCGCUCGCUGCUUUUGCAGACAUACGACUACUUUAUUAACGGCUUGAGGGAGAACCUUGCUCACUUGGAGACUCAGGGAGAACUCAAUGGUCUUACAGCAGACGCGGUGCUUGUGUCAUGCGAUGAAGUGUUAAGCGUCGACUUUUUCAGUCGCGUGGUAGGCAUGUUUGAGAUGAACAACAUUAGUAUGGAGAUCGACCACCCGUUUCACGCGCUAGGUGAGGCGCUGGGUGAAGCCAGUCCUGAAGAAAAGAAGGACAUGCCGCCAGUGCUAGCCCGCGUCAAGACGGCGCUUGAAAAGUUUGCAAAAGAGCACAAUCAUCAGCUUUGCGAAUAUGACGAAGGACGCAAUGAACAUAGCGAGGAGGAAUGCUACGCCGCGGACGAAGAUUUUGUGGGCGUGGAAGGCACUGCACUGUUUUCAGGUAUUUGCACAAUGAAUCACAGCUGUGACCCAAAUUGCACAGUGCUGUACACCAAGGACGGAGCUGCUCACGUGUUUGCCGUACAGGACAUUGCGGAGGGCGACGAGCUAUGCAUUUCAUAUAUUGAUGUGGACCAGGAAGUGAAUGAGCGGGAGGAUUAUCUUCGGGAGUAUCAAUUCGUAUGUCAUUGCACCCGGUGUGAGGAAGAAAGAAAAGCAUAG